UGGAAAAUGCACUUCUAUAUUGAAGUUACUUUUUAGGGAUAAAAUUUUUAACUUCUAUGUAGUUUAAAAAAUUUAUAUGGUAAAAUCAGACCCUCGAGUUUAGUGGUUUGUUUUCGAGUCUUUAAUUGAGAUUUUGAUUUCCACUAACGUUUUGGAAAAUAUUCCCCUCCUCAAAUCAUAUGGAACUCACCUCUGUAUUUUCCGUUUUCGCUUUCUUUGUCUUUGUUUUUUUCCUCUUCCAUUCCCUCUUCAAUUUCUUCUCUCCCAAUCGAGGGAAAUUCCCUUUCCCACCUGGCUUAACGGGUUUGCCUUACAUAGGUGAAACCUUCCAGCUUUACUCUCAAAACGCAAAUGUGUUCUUUGCCUCAAAGCAGAAGGGGCAUGGGUCUCUAUUCGAGACCCACAUAGUGGAUUGUCCUUUUGUGAUGAUUUCAAGAUCCACUUAUCCUCCCAGCGUAUACCCUCCCCCUCCUGGAGGAUACCCCCCACCUCCUGGAGGAUACCCCCCAUCUCCUCAAGAUUAUCCACCUCACGGGUAUGCGCCACCGCAAGGCUACCCACCAUCAGGCUAUCGUGCUGGCGCAUACCCUUCCUCUCCUGGAGGAUACCCCCCACCUCCUCAAGGUUAUCCACCUCACGGAUAUGCACCACCGCAAGGCUACCCACCAGCGGGCUACCGUCCCGGCGCAUACCCACCUGCUGGUUACCCGGACGCAUCACAAUCAGGGCAUGGUGGUGUUGAAGCGAUGAAUGCUGGGGGUGCUGCCGCCGCUGCAGCUGCUUAUUGGGCUCAUCAUUUCGCGCAUGGUGGUUUGCACCCUAUGGGAAGUUCAAGUUCAAGCAUGGUGGGAGGUUCAGGCAUGGUUGGAAGCUCAAGCAUGAUUGCUUUCAUCUCAGAGGAGUUGUGCAUUGGGUGUGGUAUCUGUGUUAAGAAAUGUCCGUUUGAAGCAAUUCAGAUCAUCAACUUGCCUAGAGACUUGGCUAAGGACACAACCCAUCGUUAUGGGCCGAACACUUUCAAAUUGCAUAGGUUACCAGUCCCAAGGCCAGGUCAGGUUCUUGGCUUGGUUGGAACAAAUGGCAUCGGGAAGUCAACUGCCCUUAAAGUGUUAGCUGGAAAAUUGAAGCCAAAUUUGGGUCGCUUCAAUAAUCCUCCAGAUUGGCAAGAAAUUUUGACUUAUUUUCGAGGUUCAGAGUUGCAGAAUUAUUUUACCCGCAUUCUAGAAGAUAAUUUGAAGGCAAUCAUUAAGCCCCAAUAUGUUGAUCACAUUCCAAAGGCAGUUCAAGGCAACGUGGGCCAGGUGCUUGACCAAAAAGAUGAAAGACAGAUGAAGGCAGAACUAUGUUUUGGUCUUGAACUAAACCAGGUCAUAGAUCGCAAUGUAGGUGAUUUAUCUGGUGGAGAGCUCCAGAGGUUUGCCAUUGCAGUUGUUGCCAUACAGAAUGCAGAGAUAUAUAUGUUUGAUGAACCUUCAAGUUAUCUUGAUGUGAAACAGAGGCUCAAAGCUGCACAAGUUAUCAGAUCCUUGCUCAGGCCCAAUAGCUAUGUAAUUGUUGUGGAGCAUGAUCUUAGUGUCCUGGAUUACUUAUCGGAUUUCAUUUGCUGCUUGUAUGGGAAGCCAGGUGCAUAUGGGGUUGUAACCCUCCCAUUUUCUGUAAGAGAGGGGAUCAAUAUCUUCUUGGCUGGAUUUGUUCCCACUGAAAAUCUGAGGUUCAGGGAUGAAUCUUUAACCUUCAAGGUUGCCGAGACCCCACAAGAAAGUGCUGAAGAAAUUGAGACCUAUGCACGUUACAGAUACCCAACUAUGACUAAAACUCAAGGCAAUUUUAGACUUAAAGUGAUUGAGGGUGAAUUUACUGAUUCUCAGAUUAUUGUAAUGCUAGGUGAGAAUGGGACAGGGAAGACAACAUUUAUUCGCAUGCUGGCUGGUUUGCUGAAACCUGAUAAUAUAGAAGGUUCUGACAAGGAGAUACCUGAGUUUAAUGUUUCAUAUAAGCCCCAGAAGAUCAGUCCAAAAUUUCAGUCUACAGUUAGGCACUUGCUGCAUUCAAGGAUACGUGAUUCAUAUAUGCAUCCUCAGUUUGUGUCAGAUGUGAUGAAGCCUCUUCUUAUUGAACAACUGAUGGAUCAGGAAGUUGUGAAUCUCUCUGGAGGAGAGUUGCAAAGAGUUGCAUUAUGUCUCUGCCUUGGAAAGCCAGCUGAUAUUUACCUAAUAGAUGAACCAAGUGCUUAUCUUGAUUCUGAGCAACGCAUUGUUGCUUCUAAAGUCAUAAAGAGGUUUAUCCUCCAUGCGAAGAAAACAGCAUUUGUUGUUGAGCAUGACUUUAUUAUGGCAACUUAUCUGGCAGAUAGAGUUAUUGUGUAUGAGGGAGAGCCUUCAGUCGAUUGUGCUGCAAAUUCUCCUCAAUCAUUGUUGACUGGAAUGAAUCUGUUCUUAUCUCAUUUGGAUAUCACAUUUAGGCGGGAUCCAACUAAUUACCGGCCAAGAAUCAACAAAUUGGACUCAACCAAGGACAGGGAACAAAAGGCUGCAGGAUCAUAUUAUUAUCUCGAUGAUUGACAUCAUUGUUAACAGUUGCAACAAAUUGACAAGACAUCAGCAUUGCGUAAUUACAGAAGAUCUCAGCUGAGCUUUUUUUGGAAAUUUUGGCAUGCAAGAAAAGAUCAUUUGCCCAGUUUGCCCGGUGAAAGAGCUCUUAUACUCUUUUGCAUAAAUGAGCUUCUCACACUAGUCAUCGAUGCCACUCUUAGUGGAAUUCUAGUGUGAAUUUCAUUGCACUAUCUUUGUAAUUCAAUAUAGGUGCGCAAUAGUUAUAACUAUCAAACUGAAUCAUUUUUUCUCCACUAUCAAACUUGAGUCAUUGAGUUACAAAUUUGUUUAUUGUGAUUCCUGGGUUUUUUAUUUUUGACAAAUUCCGUUAUAAUAGUCCUCUUGGGAAUUGAAUCCAUUCUUCA